AUGCAAAUGCGAACAUCUGUUGAAAAUCUUGAAGAAUCAAUAAAUCCUUCAACAAAAUUAUUUGUUCAAAAUUUUCGUGAUCUAAGUCAUAAUAAAGAAAUAUUAGAAGAACUUGUUAAUAAACAAAAACGAGAUAAAUUAUGGGAUAUUUAUUUAGGUACAUCAGGAGAUAUGAAUGAUAAAAUAAUUCGUGCUGAAAUAGUUCGUAUUCGUAAUAUUGAAAAACAAUUAGCAACAAUGAAUGAAAGACAUAGAAAUCAAUGGUCAUCAGUUACAGAUUUAUCUACAUCAAAUUCACGUUUACGUACUCGACGUCGAUCAUCAUUAGAUUAUAAAAUUCUCGAAGAUUGGAAAGUACUUGGUGAUGAAUUAAAAAUUCAUGAAAAUUGGCCAUGGGCUAUACAAAAAUUAAUUAUUCGACGACAAUUACGACGACAACAACUUGCAUCAGAAUGUGGAUCAGCACCUUAA